ACAUAAAACGGUUAGAACUAAGCUAUUUAUUUCCCUUUUACCAUUCAGCGGUGUUGCCUGAGACUGGUACCCAAACAGCUUCCACAGACCCUAAUAUUGGUGUCAGUGUUGGCGUGGGCGUUACUGGAGCGAUUGUCUUGAUAUUAAUUGUUGCCAUAGUUGUUGUAUUCGUCAAACGUAGACGGAAACAGGUGCCAAAAUCUAACGAAGAUAUCGAUGUUCCAAGCAACGGAGAGCUCAGCAGAACAAUGUACACAGCAUCCAAUACUUAUGUUGACACAAAUCCCUACGAACUCGAGGGAGAAUGUCCAAUGACAGACCGUUAUGAUCAGUCAAAUAAUAUGAAACAGAAUUCUAAUAAAGAAAAUCCGGCCUCUGAAUCCAAUAUGAACGUACAGGAUCUAUAUGCCGUGCCAGACAAAUCCAAAAAGAGCAAAAAAGGCAAGAAGCAGCAACAUUCCCCUGUAAGCUAUCCAGACGAUGCGUAUGAAUAUGUCAGCAAACCCUCUGCCCAGACAUCUUCCGUUUCAAGACAGGAUUGCAGCAGUACCUAUGAACUUGCAGGGCAGUUUCAAAAUGAUGGCUAUACCCGGUCUAUCGAUGAUGCUGAUGACGUGGAGUUUGUUGAAAACGACAUUUAUGAAACAGGAGGCGUUGACAACAUGGGCUAUGCGUAUGUUGAGUCAGUUGAAAACGACAUUUAUAAUUCGUCGGUGUAACUUCAUUUAAGAAAAGUUGCGGUCCUUUAUGUUUUAUAUUUGGAAACCUUUUUAUCUCAAUGUUUGCGUUACUAGUAAGUUGGGACAUAAAGGCCUAUUAUAUGGUGAAUUGCUCCUCCAUGCAAAAUACUCCUCAUAAUGCCCCUUAGUAUUAGUGUACUGGU